GAAGUGGAUGCCGUUGCAGGAUUCUUUCAUAGCCUUACGUUUCUGCAGACAUCGGCACAGCUUGACGGCGUGGACCUUGUGGAGCUUUUGGCAGCGCCUGGAGCCCCGGGCGCGGAGGCGAUUGGACAGAAAGCGUUGGUUCGCAGAGCGGUGCGCCGGGCAGAGCAGACCGCUAGGAUUGCGGUUGCGGUGGCCGUGAACACAGCGACGGCGACGCAGAGUCCACCGCCGCCGAGGCCAGCAUCUCCGCAGCUCAAUCUGGCUGAUGUGGCACAUGUGGGCGACAAGACGAGCGCGCUGGCGGUAGCUUGCGCGCUGUCGGCGGCGACGUCGCCCGCGGUGGACGUCAAGCAGCUGCUCAAGGAUGCGGGCAUGGAGGAGCUGCCGUACCACAUGCAAGUACUGCAGAAACAAUGGCAACUCAUGAAUGCGUUCACGACCAAGGCGAAAGCAGACACGCCUUCACGGCAGCCUUUCAUGUAUGUAGACAUCACGUCCGCCGACGUCCUGCCCAUGUGGAUCCCUGCCGAGUCCAUCGGCGGGGCGGUUUCGGGCGUGGAGCAGGCGGCUUUCGCGGAUGGUUCGCAAGAGGCGACCGUGUCCAAAUUGGCGGCGGCACUCAAGGCAGCCUCUGCCGCGCCGCGAAUGUUCCGCACUACGGCACAGUGGGCUGGCGCCUUCAUGCGGUGCCUGAUCCUGGCUGUCGGCGCGCAGCAGCUCGAUUGGGCGACGGGGAUGGUUUACUACGAUCACAUCCUCAAGUUGGCGCGGGAGGAGGCCAUGCAGCGCGGAACUGGGGCGCAGCGGGCUGAAAGACGCGACCCGGCACUGAAGCUCCUGCAGCUGGCCGGAAAGAAGGACGAUCAGAUCUGGAGCACAGCCAUGACCAGGCUUCAGCCGUUCCUGAAAGCAAUCGGGGUGGGCACCUCGAUUGGGUCAGCUCCGGCGCCCGCGGGCGCAGGCUUGCCGGUGGCCGAGGAGUCCGCCUUGGCGAAGCAGCAGGCCGCGACAGACGCCCUGGCACGCCGGUCUGCCCAAACCGCCAGGGAGUUGGCCAAGCAGCAGGUUCUGAUGGAGAAUCGAACCAAUUACUUGUCUGGCGUGGCGGAUGGCGGGGCCGGCGGCGCCGACCCAGCAGGCCGUUCGUUUCGCGCCGACGGCAAAGGCGGCGGCAAGCAGGGCAAGCGUGCGCCAGGCCAGCGCUCGUGGUCAUACGCGCGCGGGCUGCCUGGUCUGGACGCUGUCCAGGCGGAGCAGGUGUUGCUACAGAACCAGUUUGAACAGGCCCUGGUGCAGCUCCUGGAGGCAUGCCAGGGAGUCACUGUGCCGUUCAUGACGCUGGGCGCGCACCGCUGGGAUACUCUGCGAUGGCUUUUGAAGCUCGCGGUGGACCUGCAGCCGGAGCGAGCGCAGUGGUCUUCGUCGCGCCGGGGCGACAUGCAGAAAGUGGUGCAGCCGUUGCACGGCCCGCUUUUCAAGUUCUUUGUAUCGUAUCUGAAGGGGCCCGAUGAGGCUUUGGCGCGCGACCUUGACCAUGGAUUAGCGUACGCGGGCAUAUUCCCGAAGGCAUAUUAUAGCUCCAAGCCGCUGUCCAGGCCGCAGCACCACGUGUCAAUUGAUAUUCUGCGUUCGCACAAGCACGAGAUAAACCAGCAGACUCCGGCUGCGCUCAGGGAUUUACCGCACGCGGAAGAUAUCAUGGCAGAGGUCCAGGAAGACGUCGAUAUUGGAGCAAUGACGCCAUCUGAGCCACUUUUGCCGUCUCACGCCCGGGAUUAUCUUCUCACCAGGAGAAUUCCCGUGCGAGAGGAGCGGAAUGGAGAGUGGAAGACAAGGGUGGCCGACCAUGGCACGGAAAGCGCGGUCAACCUGGCCACAGGGAUGGGCGACGCAACUCGCCAUGACACCGUUGACCUCAUGGUCGAGAUCAUGCGUUCAUUUAUCCGUCGACAGGUUCCUUUCAAGAGUUGGAAGCGCGAUGUGAAACGAGCUUUCAGGCGCUUUCCGAUUCGGGGCUCUCACAGUGACCUCGCUGGCUCAGUGUGGGCGUGCAAUGGCCAGCCGUGGUUCUCUCGCCACGUGGGAAUGCCGUUCGGCCCGACGAGUGCCGGGGCCAGUUGGCAUCGCGGCUCAAACACUGUCAUGGCGGCCAUGAGAACACUGCUGCGCAUCGCCGCGGGCCGCUACGUAGUUGACAUCUUCGGCGCUGACGCAGUGGACUGCGACUCUUCGCUGAUGCGCGAACUUGGCGCAACUUUCGUCGCACCGGAGCUGCCGGAGUGGGCGCUGAACGUCUGGGCAGUGCAAUCGGAAGGCAUCGAUUUGCAGGUGGGCACGGCGGAGGACGCGUUGCAGCUCCCGCAUGGCAGACACCCCGCGGUCGUGAUUCAGGGAAAAACCUUGAUCAUCCGCCUGCGCCGCCGGAAGCACAGACCGAGUGGUUCCGUCCUCCGCAGAUCGUGCCGUUGCGACUGCGUGGGCAGGCAGAGUUGCGUCGCGUGCGUGCACCGGGCCUGGCGCGGCAAGUUCGCGCCUGCAGAUGGUAGUCGAACAUAUGCGGGCACUUCCUCGCAGUUCAGACAUAAGUUGCGCCACUUGCUCAAUGCUUUGGGGUAUCCCCAUGCCCAUUCGUACACGUUGAAGGCGUUCCGGGCUGGGAAAGCAACUGAGCUGGCGCAGAGCGGGGCGAGCUGGCAGCAACUUCAGUCGGCGGGCGAGUGGCGCGGCAUGAGCUCGUUGUCUUAUGUUGACGCGCAGAAGCUGGAUGAUCGGGCGUUCUUCGAGUCACUACUCAAUGCCAGCAGCGAUGAGGAGCCGGACGGGCCGCUGGAGCCUGAGCGGGUCAUCGCGCUCGCGCGCGCGGGGGCCCUCGACGAGGCGCCUGCCUCACCAAGAGCGGAGCCGGAUACCGUGCUGGACGAGCGCAUCUUGCAGCGCCGACGGAGCAGCGCCGGGCAGCGGCGCCGGGCCUUCGCGGAGGUGGUGGCCGAGCAGCAGCGCAGCGAGGGGCCCGCCACCGUCGGCUGGCUGCUUCAGGCUCACCUGGAGCAGGGUGUUACGGCCGACCAGCUCAACCUGCCGGGGUGCGAGACGUUCGAGCUGGCGGCCAGGCGCUUCCAGCUCUGGGAGGAGGUGUACUCCGAGGCCUUGCGACAGGCCGAGGUUUCGGGCACCGCUGGCACCGCGGCCGACGCCGACGGCUGGUUGGACGAGCGCCGCCUCUUCUUAGGAGGCACGCGCUCGAAGGAGCGCGCCCUCGUGGCUCCGACUUUGGAGAGAAACGCGGCGGCGAAGAUGCAGGAGGAGAGCGCCAUCCUCAAGGGGCGGCGCAAGGGCAGGGAGGAACGCCGCAUGGCGCGUGGCGAGAGCAGCAGCGCAGCCGACGCUGGCCUCGGCGACCCAGGCGGAGGCGGCGGCGGCGCUGGCGGCGGUGCUGGCCCGGGCCCACAGGCCGAGGGCGCGAUCGCGGCGCCCGCGGCCGCGGGCGGGGGGUCACGGGCUCGGCCCUGGCGCGCGACCUUCUGCCCCUCCCUGCGGGCGAGUCGCUCGACGAGCUGCUGCGCGGCGCGGCAGCCCGCCUGCUGCCGCGCGGCGGCGGACUGCGUGGACGACUUCGUCGACGGCAGGAGGCUCGGCUGCGCGAGGGCAUUGCCGCCCUCAACGACCUGGGCGGUCGCGGCGCUGACGCGCCGGCUGGGCCUCCAGCCGUCGGCCUGUCGGGCCGCGGCGGUGCGACAUCUCGCGCGGCUGCGCGGCAGAUUGGAGCAGCCGCCAUCCGACCUGAUCCCCCUGGGGGCGCGGCAGACGCCCCAGGCUUCGCGGAGCGGCUUUGCAGAUGUCAUGGCCGACGGCGCAACGACGACCUACAGGAAGGGGGCAAUGGCGCCCCCGCGGGCUGCGGCCGGGCGCGCGCGGCUCAGUGACGUGCUCCCCCUGCCCUGCACCUUCAGACUGUCCUGUCAGAUUCGGCACGGCUACCACUACGGCGAGUGCCUUUCCGAGCUGCUCGCCGCGGGCAUCCUCGAGCGCGUGGGCGAGGGCAGCAUCGUCGAGCGCGCUGGCAACUUCUCCGUACCGAAGAAGGGCUCUUCUUUGCGGUUGAUUUUUGACACCAGGAGGUCGAACGCGCACUUCCAGGAGUCGCCGCACACGCUCCUGUCGAGCGGGGGGGCGCUGGCCAACCUGGAGGUGGACGCCUCUAAGGGGGUCGCGGUGGCCUCCGCCGACGUUGACUGCUGCUACUGCCAGUGCGAGUUGCCGCCUUGGGCUCGUCUCUUUUUUGGGCUACCUGCUGUUCAGGCGCGUUUUCUCCAGCCAGAGGCUCGCCAGCUUCUGGGCAUCGCGGACCUGUCCGAGAUGGCCCACUUCGUUGCCAGGGUGGCCCCUAUGGGCUGGUCGCGGGCAGCGCACCUUAUCCAAGAGGCCCACUCCCACAUCCUGGGCGGCGUCAGCCCGGAGUCGCCGCGGAUCGCCGACAAGGCGCCCACCCCGGCACUCGGCGCGCAGCGCUCCGCGGCCAAGGUGCUGUACAUCGACAACGUGGAGCACAUGCUGGCCGCCUUAGGCGAGCGGGGGAUCCAGGCCUCCUUUGACAGCGACGACGGGGGCCUUCACACCCUGCUCGGGCAUGUGCUGCACAAGCCCUCUGCCACCUGGCUGCUGUCACGGAGCAAGUUCUGGCGACUGAAGUUCAGUUUCGAUUUUGUGCUCGCGCCCGGACACCUCGUCACGGGGCGCGAGCUCGAGAGGCUCAUGGGUCACAUCGCCUCCGCUGUGAUGCUGCAGAGGCCAAUGCUCUCCCCCUUGUGGGCCUCAGUGAAGCGGGAGCUCGCUUGGUUCAGAGCACUUCUUCCAUGCGUGACCGCCCUGCUGAGUCGCCCCUGGUGCGACCGGGUCACGGCCGCCGACGCCUCGCCGCGGGGGUUCGGCGUCGCGGAGCAAUCGUGGCCCGUCGGUGACGUGCGACGAGUUGGCGGCCUCUCGGAACGCAGCCGCUUCCGGGGGGCCCUGACGGCGGACUGCGGCCCCCGGGACACGCCGGGCGAGCAGCAGCUCCUGCGCGCCUCCUCGGCGGACGUGGUGGCGGAGGGCGCCCUCGCGCACUUCGAAGAGGCCCCGGCGGGGCGGCUCCUGGCUGAGCCCUGGGCGGCAGUGGCUGCGCGGCGCUGGCGCCGCGCCGCAGCCAUCCACGUCCUCGAGGCUGAGGGGGCGCGCUGGGCCGUGCGCCGCUUAGUUCGGGAUGCUCAGCUGCAUGGGCUACGGCAUCUCGUCCUGGGGGACAACCUCGGGGUGGCAUCUGCGUGCGAAGAAGGGAGAGCCGCGCACUUUGCCCUCAACUGGGUCUGUCGAGAGGUGUGUGCGAUCUCGAUUGCGACGGGGAUCCAGUUCAGGCCACUCGACAAGUGGAUCAACAAGGCGAACGAAG